GAGCGUAGAUGGAGCGUAGAUGGAACAUUCAGAGAGUGUUGAGGGAGUGUAGAGGGAGCGUACAGGGAGCGGUCAGGGAGCGUAGGGGGUGGUGCUGGUGGCGUUUCCGUGACAAUGGCUUUAUAAAAACUACCUUUUCAUAGCACUGUGACUUGUCCUUGUCACUGCCUGUUGUUGUUACACAAUUCCAAGAAAAUAUUUACUGUCUGGCUGUGACAUUCCUAUCAUGCUCUUAGCUUGCCAGACCUGAUAUCUGGCAUCUGAAAACACCAUAGAACCAGGAAACUACAGAAAGAAUAACAGGCCACUCCUGUUUCUCAGAAAAAACUAAGACUAUGUAACUAGUCUCUGGUUCCCCUGCUCAGUGUGUUAGUGGGUGUUAAAAAUGGCAGAGGCCAUAGACUCUAAAGGUUGUUCGAUCUGCCAGGAUCUAAUGGAGGAUCCAGUGACUAUUCCAUGUGGACACAGCUACUGUAUGAGCUGUAUUAAGGCCUGCUUGGAUCAAGAAGAUGACAAGGGUAUCUACAGUUGCCCCCAGUGCAGACAGACCUUCAUACCAACACCUGUUCUAAACAGGAGCACAACCCUGGUGGAUGAGAGAAGAUUCCAACGUGCUCCUCCUCCAUACAAUUAUGCUGCACCUGGAGAUGUGGAGUGUGAUUUCUGCACUGGAAGAAAACUCAGAGCUGUUAAGUCCUGUCUAGUAUGUUUGGUAUCUUUCUGUAAGACUCACCUUCAGCCUCACAACCAAGUAGCUCAGUUAAAGAAACACAAGUUGGUCCAAGCCUCCUCUCAACUACAGGAGAAGAACUGUUCUAAUCAUGACAAACUACUGGAGGUUUACUGUCAUACUGAUCAGCAGUGUAUCUGUUAUCUUUGUACAAUGGAUGACCAUAAAGGACAUGAUACAGUCUCAGCUGCAGCAGAAAGGACUGAAAAACAGAAACAGUUGGGAGACAAACAUCAGAAAUCCCAGAAGAGAAUCCAGGAGAGAGAGAAGGAGAUUCAGGAGCUGAGACAGGCUGUGGACUCUCUGAAGCACUCUGCACAGGCAGCAGUGGAGGACAGUGAGAGGAUAUUUACGGAUAUCAUCUGUUCCAUUGAAAGAAGGCGAUCUGAGUUGAUAGAACUGAUCAGAGCUCAGGAGAAGGCUGAAGUGAGUCGGGCUGAAGGACUCUUGGAACAACUGGAGCAGGAGGUUGCUGAGCUGAGGAGGAGAGAUGUUGAGUUGAAUCAGCUCUCACACACAGAGGAUCACAUCCAUUUCCUCCAGAGUUUCCAGUCUCUCUGUGUUUCCCAUGAAUCUAAAGCCAUACCCAGCAUUACUGUCUAUCCACAUAUCUCCUUUGAGCAUGUGAAUAAACUGGUCUCUGAAAUGAAAGAUCAACUACAGGAUGUAUGCAAGAAGGAAAUGGACAACAUAUCUUGGGAAGUGACUGCAGUAGAGAUGAUACAACCUCCUCACCCCAAGACCAGAGAAGAUUUCUUAACAUAUUCCUGCCAGCUGACACUGGAUCCCAAUACAGCAUGUCAGUGCCUGUGUCUGUCUGAGGGGAACAGAAAGGUGACAUGGUGUGAUGAGGUCCAGUCCUAUCCUGAUCAUCCUGACAGAUUUAUUUAUAUUAUCCAGGUGUUGUGUAGAGAGGGUCUGUCUGGAGUCUGUUACUGGGAGGUAGAGUGGAGUGGGGAGAGGGUUAGUGUAGCCGUCUCAUACAAAGGAAUCAGCAGAAAAGGGGGUAGUAAUAAAUGUUUGUUUGGUUAUAAUGAUCAGUCCUGGAUGUUAUACUGUUCUACAUCCAGCUGCUGUUUAUACCACAACAAGAACAGGACAGAUAUCCCUGUUCCCCGCUCAUCCAGAGUAGGAGUGUAUCUGGACCACAGGGCAGGAACUCUGUCCUUCUACAGUGUCUCUGACGCAAUGACCCUCCUCUACAGAGUCCAGACCACAUUCACUCAGCCACUCUAUCUUGGGUUCACUGUUUAUAAAGGAACUUCAGUGAAAAUACUGACCCCUAUUCACCUAUAAGUGAGUGUAAUGUAAUGGUUGCUUUACUAUGACGCCUAGUUGAUAUGUGAAUAAUUGACUUUGGCUAAAGAUUGAUCUGGGACUACAGAGUACAGUAUCAAGUAGUUGCUAAAUGUUAUGUACAGAGGAAUCAAACAAACUAAAUGUGGAGCUACAAUCCUUUUUAUCUGUCAAUAUAAAUAUACAGGUUUUUCCACACCAAAUGACAUUACUUGGGGGUACUUUAACUGUUGUUUUAAUAAAGAAUUACCCUAACAAAGUUCAAUUGCCACUUUUCCUUCAAACAUUUGCCUCAUUGCCAAGAACAAGGCUGAACAUUGCAGCAAAUAAAUACUUGCCCAAAUUCCAUAUCCAAAUGUGCUUGUUGUUUUGAAGAAUAACUAAUUCACUUUGACAUCACUUGAACGUCACUCGAACGCAGCACAUUCCCUAGAUCACCUGAACGCAGCACAUUCCCUAGAUCACCUGAACGCAGCACAUUCCCUAGAUCACUCGAACGCAGCACAUUUCCUAGAUGACUCAAACACAACACAUUCUCUUGAUCACCUGAACACAGCCCUUUCCCUAGAUCACACAAAUGCAGAACAUUCUCUAGAUCACCCGAACUCGUUUCAUCUGAUUGGAAUUCUAACUUUAGUCAUUCAGAUUUUAUGCUUAAAUUGAAUCAUAUCAGGUAGCCUGGGUUAUUCUCUGUAACUACUUUAGGUCUAAUUAUGUAGAUUAAACUAGAUGAUCAAUAUUACAGGACCUUUGUUCAAUUAUCUUGGUUUCUGAUUAGAUUAACCUUAAGGUACAAUUUUAGACCUUAUCCUAAGACUCUAGGGAUAGAGUAUCUACACCAUGUUUUGGGGAGAACCAAUUGGUUCCCUCAUCUUUUCU